AUGUCUUAUCAUUUAUUAGCAAAAUUUUCUCGUGAUUUUUGUAACCUUCUCGAAAGUGCAGCAUAUUAUGAUGUAGUUAUUCGUGUUGGCAAUGGUGAAGAUGCUAAAGAAUUUCCAGCUCAUUCUCUCAUAUUGAGAACCAGGUCUGCUUAUUUUCGUGGUUGUUUGUCGGGCGACAAAUGCAAAAGCGAAUAUGACAAAAUCAUUCUUAAUAAGCAUAAUAUAUCUGCAACAGUUUUUGAAAUUAUUCUUAGAUAUCUUUAUAGUGGAAAAGUAGAUUUUAUGAAUUGUGAUGGGCAACAAACACUUGAUUUACUUUAUGCAGCCGAAGAACUUGGUCUUGUAGAAAUCUUGGAAUGUAUUCAACGUCAAAUAACUCAACAUGAAGCUGAAUGGAUGGAUAGUAAUUUCAUCAAACAUCAUCGUAAAAUUUUCAGGCAUGAUAAUUUCAAGACACUUCAAGUUUAUUACAUGAACAAAAUUGCAACGAUGCCUUCGAGUAUAUUCGAUACACAUGAUAGUUUUAGCCCAGAGAUAUUAAGUUCACUUGAUGAAUGUGGGUGUAUUAAAUUGGAUGAAGCUAUCUGGGGUUACAUCGUCAACUGGGCAAAACAUCAAAUUCCAAGAUUAGGAAAUAGAGUUUCUGGAUGGGCAAAAGAAGAUUGGGAUGAAUUCAAAUUUACACUCUCACAAUGUAUUCCAUGGGAAGCUGUUUUAUCAUUAAAUUGGAAUGAAUUUCACGAUCUUUUAGUUCCUUGUGAACCAUUCUUACCAUCGGAUAAAUUCGAAUAUGCACUUAGACAACAAUUAAAAAAAGCUUGUGGAUCAUCAGUUAAAAUUUCAUCACCAAUUUCUAUUCAUUUUAAUGAUACAAUUAUCAAUAUUUGUCAUGCAACAUUAAUUUCAGAUAGUUUUAUUUUCAAUUUUGAUGAAAAUAAAGCUGAAAUUACUAGACUUAAUACAAUUGCAAUUCAUAAAAAAGCGGGAUAUGGUCCUUGUUUUGGCACUAAAGGUUUAUUAUCAUUCCCGAAUGGAAAAAGGUCAAUUUUGUGGAAAACAAGUGAUAAUUCGGAUUCAUUGACAGUUUUAGAUUACGAAGUUUUUCAGAUUGUGGAAAAACCUAGAAGAUCUAAUCUUGGAUCUACAUCACAUCUGAGUAAUGGAAUAUCUCAUAAAAAGAGAUAG